UUCUGCGUUUGCGUUGUGCUGUUAUUUAGUUUGUUGCAAUCAGUUCCAGUCAUGUUAAAUUCAUUAUUGCUAUUUGAUUCUUUGUUUUAUUGGAGAUUCUAGUCAAAUUUGUUCCAGAAAAUGCCAGUAACCUUAGAUAUGAUCCAACUAGUUAAAUGGUUGGUAAAAGCAUAUAUGGCAGAUUAUUUAAAUCUUGAUUUUCUAUGGUCGUUUUAUGUUAAUAUCCAAAUCCUUGAAUCCAUAUGCAACCUUAGAUAUGAUCCAACUUCCUCGUGGUUUAAUUAUUUGGUGUAGGUUAUGAAAAUGAAAUGGAUAAUACCAUUUAGUUAUAUUUUACUAUUAGUUGCAGCAAGUUUGAAUCGAAUAAGAAAAAAAGUCUGUACGAAUUAGGUAUGAGCAUCAACUCAUGUAGCAUCUGUCCCAAAGUGAAACAAUGAUGAAACAUAGAAGUUGUUGAAAAGUAUACAACUCUCAUUCAUUUUCACAAAAUAUAACUACAUAAGUAAUAGUAUUAGUACAUUUUAACUAUGUGUCCAUAUGUGUAUUCACUUAGGUAACAGUGAGGACACAAAGAGGUCUUCGUUGUUUAGUGCAGAAAUGGUGAUUAUGGGGUUAUUAGUAGAGGUUCACAACUUCACAUGCAUGAUGCAUCAAGCUUGGGAUAUAGAUAGAUGGAUAUCAAGGAUUUUAGGAAAUUCCAACUUUAAUCAGAUUGCACGAGUAUGCUACGGAAGAAAACCAUAGGUCGAAUGAGGUUGAUACUACAUAACAUGUACAAGGUUGCUAAUUUUAAAAGUAAAGAGAAUUAUAGUAGAUUCUAUGAAAAAGGAGAUUCUAGUUGCACAGAAUACAAGUGGAAUGGUCAGUGUCAUCGGAGGAGACCGUCUUACAAAAUGCUAUCGAAGAUGUCUCCACCGACUUCUAGAGGAGCCGGGAAAGACAAGAUGUUAGGAAACAUAAUUAUUAGAGAAAUAAAUAUUUUGCAAUAUUAAAAUAAUCAAAAUGGGCUAGAAAUAUGUGUAACUAGAACAAUCUAGCUCAUGUUAACCGACUUAGCAUAGAUUACUCUAGAAUAGGUAAUUAGGUACCAGAAUAUGUCGGUUUUUUUUUGUGCGCUCGCUAACGUUGAAUUCCUAUAAAUAGGCAUUAGGCUUAUUUAUAGCAAUGCAAGAGAAAGUGAUGAACUGAAAAUAAGUGAGUGUGAGGUGUGUUCUCCUUGAGCUAGUGGUGUGUCCUCGGGUAUCUAGUGAGGUGUGUCAUCCAAGAGUGUGUUUUGGGUUGUUUCCUCAAAAGUUUUGUAAUGUGGUCUUGUGUUGGUGUUGUGUAAAUCAUCGUGUCAUGUAUUUGGUGUUUCGUACACCAUUAUUGAGUAGUAUAAUAAAUUUCCUUUUGUGUAAUCGAUUCUGUACUACCAUUGAUACCCUACAAGUGCAUGUUAUCUUUGGUAGUUAUUGUGCAUUCUAAGUGGUAAUCUAACUAUUAUCGGAGAUAGUCACAUUUUUAAUGUCGAAUUUCAUAGUGGAAGAUACAAUAUUUUUUAAAACUCUUCCUUUUUUUUUCCACGUCGAGUAUUUAGUUGAUAGUCUUUAUCCCACAUCGAACUCUUACCCAAGAUACCUAUUUUUUCUCACCCGUAGUCCUUAUCCCACAUCGAACUCUUACUCGAAAUACUUCUUUUUUUUCAUCUAUAAAAUGGUUCUAAGUUUCCUUUUAUUUUUUCCAUCGUCCAACUAAAAUAGUCCUUAUUUAAGGGUGUUUUUGGCUUUGCUAUAAUUUGGUGAAGUGGUCAAUCAUUGAGGGCGACGCGUGGGGCUACACACAUCGUUCCGAGGCGUUCAUUACCAAAGUUUUUCGUUUUUAAUUUCAUCUAAUUUGACUUUACUCGUCUUUGUGGAGCACAAAGUUCAAUUUCUCGGUGCGAAAAAUGGUGAAUCGUCCAGCAUUCUUCAAGUUUUACGUGCCUUGGCUUGGUGAAGAAAAUCAGAAAAUCCCUCCAAGGUUUAUUCGAUCGCUUCCAGGAAACUGGCCAAAGAAUUGGUCACUUCGUGACCGUUAUAACAAUUUGUGGAAUGUGAAAGUGGAAAUGAUUGGCGGUGAUUGGUACUUCAGAGAUGGUUGGGCAAAAUUUGCUGAUGAUAAUAAGAUAAAAGGAGGGGAUAUGUUCAUUUAUGAAUAUUUUUCUCACGGUUUACUCGACUUCAAAAUACAUGGAGGCAAUGGUUGCUUAACAGAAGGUGCUGGGAUUACUCGGAAUAUUGAAGAGCAGCGGAGUAUAAAGAUAGAAUCAGAUGAUGGCGUUGUAAAUCAUACUGAUAAACCUGAUUAUGACGAUAAUGACGGUCAUGAUUCCAUGCCUGAAGAAGAGAAUCCAAGGGAUGAUCAAAUUCUAGGGGAGCGAGACACGGAUGUUAAAGAAGCGAAUCACCGAGUUGCUCACACCGUAGAUGAGGAAUCAAGAGAUGAUGCUCCACUGGAGCUAGCGAGGGACGGUACCGCCAGUUCUAGUAAACGUUAUGUCAGAAGAACCUACGAUUGGUACGGUGUAGAUCUCUUCAAAACCGGGUUCAUUCCACCAUCCCCAAAUCCUUAUUUCGUGACCCAAAAUCUAAGAAACAGAGCUUAUGAAUUCUAUAUACCCAUGGAUGUGAUCAAAAGCUACAAUCUGAAACUCCCUGAGAAUGUGAUGUUCCUCGACCCAAAAGGAAGGCAGUUUCCCUCCAAACGCAAAAUGUGGGCGGACCAGAGGACGUUCUACACUGGAGGCUGGAAAAGCCUUUGUAAUGUGAACAAUGUGGAAGACAAAGACUCGUGCAUCUGCGAGUUCUUGUAUAACGCCGAUGAUCUAUGGAUCAGUGUAAGCUUCUCUCCCCCAAAAUAGCAGCAAGCAGUGGAUUAGAUUAGUAUUGGGGAGUUCACAUUCCUAUAGUUUCAGAGGUAUUGAUUAUGCAUUUGAGAUUCCUGAGUUAUUGUUGGGAUAUGAGUUUAGGAUGUAUAUGAUUUAUUGUUUCAGUUAAUAGUUAUUCCAAUCAAUAAAUUUCAAACUAAAA